UCCGAGGAGGACACGGAGCGGUCUCGCGGCCGCGCUCGCGCGGGAGGACCUCCUCCUCCUCCGUCCGUUCCUCCUUCUCCCGACGGAGUUUAGCAGACGGCUCGCGGUCAGUCAGUCAGUCAGUCGGACGUUUGCCACCCGGUACAGUUAGAGCGCGCGGACGCGACUCGCUAGCGGAAUCGGUCCCGUCGCGCCGCGUCGGAUACGCACCGGCGUUUUAUUCCGCGAACGCGAGGAGGCGAGAGCACGAGGGGUAAAGAGAAUAACAGAGACGCAGUGGCGCGGAGGAGGGCGCGAAACAAGGCGAAGGCGAGAAGAAGAGCAGAGAGAAGGAGAACGCGAAAGAGAGAAAAAGAGAGGUAGAGACAGAGAGAGAGAGAGGAGAGACGACGACGACGACGAAUCCGCUCCGCUCUCCCGUGUCUCUUCGUCUCUCGGGGCACUCUCGCGCGGCGAGCGUGUGCCUACCGCCUUAUAAAACGCGCGCGGUAUCGCGCUCGGGUCCGGCGGCGGAGCGGAGGCGCGAGAGGAGACGGAGUCGAGAGAUCGCGCGGCGCGGAAUUGCGAGAGCGCGAGGCUUUCUCGCAGUUCGCCUCGCCUGGUUUCCUCGUGCGAGCGAGGUGCGCGAGCGGUAAUGCGGAAAGUUCGCGAGAAGACCGUCCCGGACUUUCGCGUGCCGCCGCUGCCGCUGCUGUCGCCGCCGCUAUCCCGACGCGACGCGACGCCGAGCGAGAAUAGAGCCGGCGGGCCGCGCGUCCUCGAGCUGCGCGUUUGAAACGCUCCUCUACCGGUGCUGGUCUCUGUUUUCGCGCGACUCGGCGGCAGAAAAAAGGGAGAGAACAGGUCGAUGGUGCGAAAGUUUCGCGCGGUGAAGUCUCGUUGACGGACCAGUGCGCCGUUCCUCGAUCACGUCGACGACGGGGAAGCGGAGGGCGCGCGAGAGAGGGGCAGGAGGCGCUAUACGCGUAAAGCCAACGGCGCGAGUGCCAGGACCGACCGCGGGAGAACAACCGGCUGAUAAACGACGGAGAGAGAGAAAGAAAGAGAGUCGAGCGAGGGGAGGAAAGGGUGCCGCGCCACGAAGGAUCAAGAAUCGCUAAGAUGCGUUUUCACGGUGGCCUGAUGUUGCCGAUCCUGUUCGUCGUCGCUUCUUGCCCUUCGACGUUACGCGCGCGAAAGGUCGCACCCUUAAUAGAGGACGACUGGGCGAGGAGGCCUCACCGGCCUGCCGAAUGCAUUUUCGGUAAGCAGAUCCGCGAGCUAGGCUCAACAUGGUUUGCAGAUUUGGGACCGCCCUUUGGAGUCAUGUAUUGCAUUAAAUGCGAAUGCAUACCGGUGCAAAAGAAACGGCGGAUCAUCGCGCGAGUUCAAUGCCGCAACAUCAAGAACGAAUGUCCCAAACUCACGUGUGAUGAACCAGUUUUGCUCCCGGGCCGGUGCUGCAAAUCUUGUCCCGGUGACUUCAACAUGGACGUCGUGCAGGAUCUACCGAUGCAGUUGACCUCAGAGGAAGAGGAGCGGAGCCUGAAACAUUUCGGUACCCUGUUGACGGGCAGAACGUCGCAGUUGCUGCGCCGCAACGAGCCGCAACAUCCGAUCAUGUCUUUCUACAACACCGCGUACAACUACUUGGUGACCGGUCGCUUCACCUUCCAUCGCAAGAAUCUUUAUUACUCGUUCUAUUUAUCCUCGUCGACGCCACGGCCGCGCAACGUACAAUUCGUCGACGAAUCUGGCAAUAUCCUCGAGGAACAGACGAUCGAUCCGAUCGGUGGCGCGUAUCAGAAUGCCACCGGCAAGCUGUGCGGUGUAUGGAGACGCGUACCACGUGAUUAUCGGAAAUUGUUGCGCGAGGAACGGUUGCACGUGUCCUUUCUGUGGGAAUCGUCGAUGAAUCUGAGCGGCCAGUUAUCUCGAUAUCGCGCACUGUCGACCGAGCAAUUCUCCUCGUUGCUGGAGCCGACGAUGGGCGUCGACCGAUCUCUGAUGUCUGGCGCGGGCGCGACAGCGAUCGUGUCUGCCUCGUCCGCUUCGGCGCCAUCGAUCCACGUGUCGCUCGUCUUUAACGGCCUUUUCCUCCCGAAUGACGUGGCCGACGUGCCGCUGAUCGUUCAGCUGGAACACCAGGAGAAAGACUACGUGGUCCUCCGCGAAGAGAUAAUUGUGAGAAAACCGUCGAACGAACUGAAUUUCGGCGAGGUCCGUAGUGCGCUUUCCGGAGCGGAUCUCCGUCUGCUGACUCGCGGCAAAUUAUCGAUCAGCGUAAUGUCUCGUAAGGAUCCGCAGGCGCUCAGACUGGCUGGUACCGUUGGUCCGCGCGUCACUUGCGACAUGUAUCAGGCACUACUGCUAUCGGAGACGCCAUCCACAGCGUACGGAUUAGCUUGGGCCUUCCUGGACCGUAUCGGUGCGUUACGUUAUGGAAUUCAAUUGAUAGGACUCGAGGAGGAAAGCCCCCUCGUUACAUUGGUGGACGAAGGCGGCAAACGCAGAAUGGAACUCGAGGAUCUGACGCCCUCUUUGUUCGGCGGUCUCGCGAAUGGUUCCUUGGAUCGACCUGGACCGAGGCUGUUGCAGCCGCUCUUCAAUGAGGAACUCUCUGUGGUUGCUGCGAGCCACGUCGGCUCCAUGUUGCGCGGUCGACUUUUCGAUAGACCCAUCGCAGACGCCAGGGACACCGCUGCGCCUGUUCUGCUGCGUAGAUUGACCCAGGAACCGAUGCAUCCCGGACCGGUCGGUCUGAUAUGGACCGCGGUGGAUCUGGAUUGCUCCCUGCACUACGAGCUGGAACUCGCUGGCUUUCCGCCCUCUCAGGAGCCACGGACGUUCCGCUUGUACCUGGAGACGAUGCCGCUGCUGGUGCAGGGUGCACCUGUCGCCAGGCGACUUCUCGAGGAGUUCGUGGGAUACUCGUUGGAAGGUUCCGUCAUCGGACUCUCGCCGAUGGAGCUUUAUAGAAUCGAGUCGGGCAUCGGUUUCCUCGAGGUGACGGACAAACAGAGUAUUCAUGUUCUCAAGGCUCCUUUCAAGGCGAGAGCGCCGCUCAGCUGCUUGCCGCAUUACGCUGACAACGAUGUCGCUUCCGUGGUGGUGUAUAGCCCACCUAGACCGGACAUCGAAACCGGCGCGUGCUUCCAUGAAACUAGAUUCUACGAGGAAGGCACGCAGUGGACGUCGAGUACCGAUCCUUGCUCGAUGUGUCAUUGUUUUCGUAGUUUGGCACAAUGCGAUGUGAUACCUUGUCCGACAGUCACUUGCACGCCAGCGAAACAACUCAAACCAUCGUUUGCUGCCGGUCAUUGCUGCCCAAUAUGCGAAGCGCCGAUGACUAACUCGAGUAACGCAAUCACCAAGAGCAAUUCUACAAAUGGUUGCACACUGGCUGGGCAGUAUCAUCGAGCAGGAUCGUCCUGGCAUCCGUAUUUACCACCAAUAGGAUUCGACACUUGCGCGGUUUGUACUUGCGAUGCUGUCACGCUGGAGGUGAAAUGUCCGCGGGUGCAGUGCCCGCCGCUCGAGUGCGAUGAGAAGAUUGCCUUCAGGCCGGACAAGAAAGCCUGUUGCAGGCAGUGUCCGGCAACAACGCCUCGUAGUAACGCGACUGCCACCACCAUAAACGAUACUAUACUACGCCUACUACCGAGAGAUCAAGCGUUACCUUCGACGCAGCGUACCACGGAGGAGAUAUUGUCUUCUGGAGGAUGCAAAUAUCCCCUUGGUGGACCCUAUGAAAAUGGCAUGGAGUGGCAUCCUCGAGUGCACUCGCACGGCGAAGUCAAGUGUGUCAAAUGCCGUUGCAAGAACGGCGAGGUCAGGUGUGACAGGAAACGCUGUUCACGGUCACUCUGUAACUCGAUCGCACAUCAGUUGAAGCGUAGCGAGUACGUGGCGGAUGCCGAUGAUUGCUGCACGACGCAAUGUCGCCGCGCGAGGCGUCAUCACCGCAACAACCAUCAUUCGGCAUCGCGGCACUCCGCGACGCCUCGCGAACUUAGCUGAGUCUGCCCGCCGUGGAAAGAUCCGCUCCGGUUCACGAAGAAGCUCACUGCGGACCGUGCACCGAAACGUGGUCGUCAUCAGACGACGACGGAAUCAUCAUCGUCGGCCGUUCGUUGACGACCGCGCGCGCUGCGUUACCCGCUGCGCGAUCGCUGUCGUCGAACAACCGGGAAACCUGGAAAGGAAACAAAAUCAAACGAACGGCUGUACACAUGCGUGCGUUAAAAUCGCGGGGAAGCUGGACUCGUCGCAGUACGUUUCCAAGAUGAGCCAAUUGAGGGGAACGCGAUUAACGUGGACACGAGAAGGAAGAUCGACGGGAACGCUUGACCCGCGGAGAUGAAUUCGAUCAGCUGAUUUGUCAACCUGGGCUGCGCGCGGAAUUUCGGAACGACGAGGGCAGCAACAAUCGCGAUGACGACGACGGAUUCGCGCUCGUCGACUCAAAACGCGUCGUCGUGGCGGCAAGCAUGCACGCAUGCAGGAAGUUAAGAAAAGCGCUAGUGUAAUAAGAGGAAGGACGUGGAUGGUACGUCGUCGGACGCUAUUUUUAUCCGCUCGGUCGUUCGCUCGAGGGCCCCCAGCGCCCGCAGCCAGACGCUUAUUAAUCAAUUGAUCCUCAUCAGCGGAUGAAACGGAAGGGAAGCCGAGCGCCCUUCUCUUCGCGGAGGUGACAUCGCGGCAAAUACGUCGUGGUUAAUAUGGCCAACGCGAAUGCGAGGGGUGAAAACUCGGGGCGGAACCGAGUUUUUCGUCGCGGCGGCGGAUUACGAUGCCCCGCUGUACCCAUUAGACCUCUCUUCGAGUUACCCAGCAACCAAAGAAGACUGAAGAACCUCCGAUGGCGGCAUCAGUUAUUAUGCGAUUGCUAAUAUUUACUAGUAACCUCGAUUUAUUAUUAUUAUUAUUAUUAUUGUCAUUUUUAUAUAUCAUACAUUAAUGGUAUUACUACUGCUACAUUACUUAUUAUUAGGAGUAGUGUUCUUGUAAUUGGUAUUAUCGUAAUCGCUAUUGCUACGCCACUUUUAUUAUUCUUUACUCGUGAUUAUUAUAAUAAAUCUACGUUAUCGCGCUCUGGUAAGGAUAUAUAUUUAUAUUACACGUGGCAUACGUACAUUUGCGUAUGAGUCGUUUGCGUGUGAUGAGAAACGACAGUAUUGUUACUCUGUUAUCAAGAAGCGAUUAUAUUUGUUAAUAGGGUAACGCUCAUCACAGUAGGAACGCAUUCGUAAUAUAUUUAAGUUGUAUUUAUUACGUUAGAAAUAUUCUUUUCAAUUAAUUGGAUCUAGCUGCUGGAUCCGAAGUAAGUAAAUCAAGUUUUAUGCUUCUGUAACAACUGCUGGUUAACUAACGUGAAUCAUUCUAGCUGCAGGAUAUACGUAAUUGCGUUAAUCGAUACGGAUGUAUUAUUCUCCACAAAUCACGCAUUUUUCUCUUACAGUACAGAUUCUUUGGAAUUAAUCCUUUCAAAGCUGGGUGGAAGAAUCAUCUAUAAACUUUCUCAAACUUUUGAGUAACCAUUUUAAAGAGAGGCCGGUACAGAAGUUUUGCCAUAUAUUUAUUUAAUUAUAUGCCUCACUAUUUAAUUGUUAUAUGUAUCAUUAUUUUAUAAAAAAAAGUAGCCGAGCAUUUUCGGGCACUUUUGAACAAAGAAAUAUUAUAUAUAUAAUCAUUAUGAAUUUACCUAAACGCUAAACGUAAAACGUGAUAAAUCGAAACCUUAGGAAACAAGUUAGGCAAUAUCAUCGCGUUCAAUUUAAGCUCAAUUGUCAUUAUCAUGGCAGCUCCGUUUGAUAUUCCAAUGUUAUAUUAUUCAAUACUGUGUUUCGCGUAAAGGCGUUGAUAUUCACAGUUUACCAUAAGUGCCUUAUGAUAUGAAUACAUCGCAGUCGCUAACGUUAAUGUUACUACAUUGCAUACGCAAACGUGCAAAUUUUGUACAUAAAACAAUUAAGCGGCUAGAAUCGAUUUUAUUCUAGCAACAAAUCAACAUUGUAACGUAAUUAUUAUUAAUAUUAUUUAUAUAUGUUAUGAUAUUUUUAAUGUGACGCUCUGCAAUUAUUAUUAUUGUUUAUUAUCGUCACAUAUUAUUGUCAAUUUCUUAUUGUCAUGAUUAUUUAAAGUCAUCUCUAUGUAAACAUUUUCGAUCUUAUUCGAACGAAGUAAUAUUAGUUAUUUAACAAGGAGCAUGCUCUUAUUUGAACAUACGUGUGCUUUAUGCACACUUUGUUUGAAUUUAAUUAACAAAUGGUUAUAAACGCGAUUUCUGUGAUGAUUACGUCUACACUGCAGGAAACAGAAGGAACAUUAAAGUUUGAUUUUUAUCUUUUAAAUUUACUGCAACUAAAGAAACUAGUUAACAAAAAACUGAAAAACAAUGUGUACGUAAUGUUACAUCGCAUGGAACGAUUACCGUUGCUUAGCAUGACGUUUACGAAAGAGAAAAAGAAAAAGCAGAUAGUGGAUGUGUGUUUGGAAAUGAUCGCCGUAGUAGCAUUAUACCAAAAUGCCUCUUAUUAAAACAUCAAAAUUAUGUAGUUCAGUUUAUAAUAAUUAUUGUAAAAUGUCUUAUUUAUCAUAUGUAACGUAACAUCAUAUAAAAGAACAGAGUAUAUCUGUGUGUUCUUAAAAACAUCAAACCACUCGAUACGCUCAUUAAGAUGUAACAAUUCACUUUUAUCAUGUAUUCACAUAGUACGGCGAGCGAUAUAAUCAAAAUUAAUUUUGAUUCUUUUUACAUCACAUCAAUAUUAUACAAAUCUGUAGUAUUUCUAUAACAAGGCAAGUUGUUGAGAGAAAUGUACAAUGCGCACUUGGAAAGUUUUUGUAGAGAAUGGGAGAAGAUUGAUGCUAUUCUGUACUGUGCCAAAACAAUUUAAUUAAAUGCCUAUUAUUAUUAUCAUUAUCAUA